ACUCCGCAGGACGCGUCACCGAAAUCGUAUACCGAAAUCAAAAAACCCAGUCUCAUCACCUGUCUCCAAACAGAAUCAAGCAGCAAGAUGCCCUUCGUGAACCCAGACUACAAGGGAAACUCAACCGUCAGCGCGGGUGAAAUCGAGACAGACAUCAUCCUGACGGCAGAACCGCACACCGAUUUAUACCGUCGCCCUGGGAAAAUCUUCGAUAAUGCCCCUCGGGGCUUGAUCCCAGCCACGGGCGACUUCAAGUUCCAGGCGGGCUUCACCGCCACGUAUGAGGAGGAGUACCAGCAAGCGGGGCUGUGUCUGUAUAACGGCCCUGAGGAGUGGAUUAAAGCCGGCGUGGAGAGAUACGAUGGUAAACCACGCACCUCCGUCGUGGUCAACCGGAAAGGAGGAUGGUCGGAUUGGUCCGUCUCGGAACUCGUAUCGAAAUAUACUGUUGGUCUGGACGUCGACAGCCCGUCGCUCGUGAGGAUUGUGAUGAGAUUCGUGAAGACAGGCGAGACCAUUCAGGUGGAGUUGCUACAUGGUGUAACCGGGAAGUGGGAGCUGGUUCGGAAGACGUAUGGAUGGGAUGCGGAGGUUAUGAAUGUCGGCUUAAUGGCCGCUUCCCCCGGAGACUUGGGUCUCACGGUCAAAUUCCAAUUUUCGACGUUGGACCCAGCGCUUGCUCGGGUGGUUGAUCCGGGCAUGAAUGUUGGACGCCAAGCCGGUAGCGAGCGCACACAGGACCAUAGACAACCGUCCGCCCUUGUUUUCCAUGUAGUUGACCUUGUUGAGGAAGAAUUAGGGAACGAAGCCGAGGACGGAGAAGAAGAUCAUAGUGGGCCAUAAGUUGGGGCGGGCUGGAAGAAGAUGCAGACGGUGACGGCCAUUAUGGAUAGAAGACGAAGAACCAGUAUUGGUUGCGAGAUCCAUUAGCAUAGCUCCGCUAGAAGAUGGCGUAUGGGAAAUCUUUAUAGAACAUAUUGGCGGUACAUUGGAAACUUUGCUCACGUGGAG